AUCAGUUCUCAUUGAGUGUUCAUAUCUGAAGCAUCAGAAAAGGUUCAAACAUGAUGAAGUUCGUUCUAGUCCUUGCUCUGGCAGUCGUGGUCGUUUCAGCCCAAUGGGAAGGCGGCUAUGGUGGUGAACAUCAUCAUCACGAGGAACAUCACUCCCAUCCAAAAUACAAGUUCGAGUACGGUGUUAAGGAUUCCAAAACCGGAGAUCACAAGAGCCAGUGGGAACACCGCGAUGGAGAUGUUGUGAAGGGCCAGUACUCGCUGCAUGAGGCCGAUGGCACGGAGCGUAUUGUGGAAUACACUUCCGACAAGCAUAAUGGAUUCCAGGCCCAUGUGAAACGCGUUGGCCAUGCUCACCACCCACAGGUGUAUGGACACCAUGAGGGAGGAUAUGGAGGUGAAGAGGCUUCUUUUGGAGGACACGGACACGGACAUGGUCAUGCCAGUAGCUACGCCAAUUCGAACCUGCAUUCGUAUCAUCACUAAAUGAAAAUGCUGGUAGACUGAUCUCGUUAC